UCUAAUUUCGCUACCUUAAAUAACCCGAAAUACAUCUACGUAAAUCUACAUGUUUCAAAUCCCAUCAGUUUUCGCCGCAACGCAACCCGGAUGCUAGUGUUGUUGUCCGUCGGAAGGUAACUGUAAUGGAUCACUUUCUAAGCGGCCUAGACGCUGGACCGAGCCCAUGGUAUGCAUCCCGUCCCCCAGUGUCUAGCCAUGCCCAUGAGUUUGCAAUUGGCACGAGUUCUUUCCAGUUGAUACCAAUCACUGGCAGUAACAACCACACUCCGAGUAGCCAUACUUCAUAUAGUACAAGCAACACUCUGAAUUCUCACUCAGCCUUCAGAUCUCCGGCAGACCCCAAGGUUAAAUCUGAGGUCAAAGACGACGAUGACAGUCGGGAAAGUAAAUCCCCAACGCCUUCUGUAGCCCUCACCCCUUUGUCAACCAACAUGGCUCACCAUAGCCACAAGGCCAAAAACAGUGAGCGGUGGGACACUAAAAAGGUCUGUAAUAUUUGUGGGAAAGUUCUCUCACGUGGUGACAAACUGAAGAAUCACAUUCGGACACAUACAAAUAAUUUUCCAUUCCAUUGUGAUACGUGUGGCCAAGGGUUUCUCCGUUCGGAAGGACUUCGGGUACACACGAGAAUUCACACUGGAGAACGUCCGUAUAUAUGCAUUGUUUGUGGUAAGGCAUACACAAGGAAAGAUAAGUUAACAAGACAUGCUAUAGUGCACACAGGAGAAAGGCCUUUUGUCUGUCAACACUGUGGGAAGUCAUUUACUCGCAAGGAUAAAAUGCAGCGACAUGAAAUGAUUCAUAAAGUUGAUAAGCCUUUCACAUGUGUCCCUUGUAAUGUAGAGUUUGUGAGACAAGAAACUUACAAUGCCCAUAUGGAGAGGAAGCAUCCCGAACGCCUCCCAUACACUGUAGUGCAACAACCACGUGAAGGCAGCCCAUCAUAUCAUCCUCAAGGACUAAAUCUUUCAAGCAAUGCGGACAGUAAGAGCAGCAGCAGUACAAACAGAUCACACAGCAGCAGCAAACACUCUUCCAGUACUACUAGCAGCAGCAACUCUGCCGGUGCUUCGAACCUUAGUAGCUCUAACAUUGGACACCACAGCACUGUCACUAAUCUUCCAGGUGGUAUUACGCUCCCAGGGGGCUUAACCCUCCCACCUAGCAUUACUCUCCCUGGAGGGUCUUCUAUCCCUGGGAAUCAUGGCAUCCCAGGGGGCCUCACCAUCCCCAGUAGUUCCUCAAUCCCAGGUCUCGCAUCACACCCAAGUAGCCUUCUAAGUGGAAGUUCCCUGUUAGGUGGUCUGCAUGGUAUUAGUGGAUCCAAUGCUUCCUAAAGAAGCCAGAAUGCAGAUAUGUUAAUUUGAGAAAUGUUUGUAUCAGUGUAUAUAACUUGAGUGUGCGUGGUUGUAUGUUCAUACAAUUGCACAUGCAGAUGCAUGCCCGCAUGCGCAAACACACACAAACAUGUACACAUGCAUAUCCACAGAAACAUACAUUUACUUGAACAGGUACACACACACAAAAACACGCAUUUAUACAAAUAUGCAAAAUGUGAAAAUUAACAUAGACAGACACAUACACUUAUGAGUAACAACCAUAUAUGUACAACACCUACUCACAUUCGUUAAUGGAAAUGUGUGUAUCUGUAUGUACAUGCAUAUGUAUUUAUAAAGGAUUGAAUUUUUUAAUAUAAGGCCAUAUUCACUCCAGUUUUAAUAUGAACAUUAUAAACUAUUAUUCAUACCAAAUCAAAGUGGUUGGAAUAUUUUAAUAAUUCAGGUUUCUUGUAUAUCAAAAAGAUACAGCAGUGAGAAGUAGAAGAAAGACUUAUAAAGUUAACAACUUAAUAGUGGCAUUUAUUAAUAACAUGUUGGUCUAGAUAGCUGUAUAAAGAUGUAAGAUAUAUAGUAUGUAUUAUUUUUCUCAUGUUGGACUCGAAAGAACUCAUGCCAUGUCAGAAGUAUGCUGAAGGUUGAACACAAGUUUGGGGAAAUAAAACAAGAACUAAAAAUUUAAGAAUUGAAAUGGAAUUGAUGUAGAGGUCUCAGAUAAGUUUUGUGGGAAUAGUGAAAGGGAAGGGGGAACAGGAAGCUCGGAGAAUCUUGAGACGAGUCACUUUGGAGGAGAUAAAAGAAUAUUUCUUUGUAAAAUGUAUGCAAAAAUAUUACAGUAAGGGUGAGAAGUGUUACUGAAUAUAACACCAAAAAAUAAUGUUAAGCAGUGUGACAUCUAAAGUAUUUUAUCAUCAGUGCAGAAAAAAAGGUAACUAAAAUUUUCAAUGUGAUGUUCCUGAUGAAUAGAUGCACAAAAUAAACACAAAUUAACUAAAGUUCCAUAGAUCAUACUGGGUAUUGUCUUUGAUCUCUGAAUUAUUAUAGAUUAUAUAUAUAUUUUUAAAACCUCACUUAAGUUGAUAGACAGUUAGAAAAUAUGACUUAGCCUUGUACUAGUAAGUAUGAAAAGUCCAACGUGUGUUAUCAAAUAAUUCCAAUUUUCAUAAAUUUGCAUACUGGUAAAAGUUUGUAUGCUAAAUAUUUAUUUCUUAUCGAUAGCCAUUUUAUAUCUUUGACGAUAUAACUAACACAAGAUGUACAGUAAUACUUGGUAACUCAAGAUUAUUGCAUUAGUGUGAGAUUGAAUAAACUUUGAACUUUCAGUGAAUGUUCAAAGUUUUAGUUAUGAAUGCAUGAUGUGAAUACCAGGAAUGCCCUUUUUUUAUUCAUAUAGUGUAAGAGUAAUCUCGAAUGGGGAUGCAAACCUUCAAAUGCCAUAAUCAUAUUUAAUUUGUGAUUUUAUGAAGUAGUAUUUGUGAAGAGAGUUGAGAGGCCUAGUGAACUUCCUAUGUGUUUUAUACCCUAUAUUUGCUCUUCUUCUCCCUCUUCCUCUUCCUCUUCCUCUCUCUCUUCCUCUCUCUCUCCUUCUCCAUCUCCUUCACCUUCUCCCUCAUCUCCCUUCCUCUCAUGUUCCCUGCCAGCUGUCUGAAUGAAUAUCAAUGCCAUUAUGUAUUUUUCCAGCUAUUCUUUAUCUUAUUUUCUUUAAAGUAUACAAUAUUUAACUGUGUGCUUUCUUGUGAUACAGGUCUAUUUUGAAAUUUUGAAAAUGCCUGUAUUUCUUUAAACCUUGAGUAAAUGGCAUUUAGAUUAGGCAUUGUCAAAUUAAGGCUCUGAAGUUAAUUUGUAGAUACGGGAAGUAAUUUGUACAUAAAUAUGAUUUUAAACUACUGAUGCUGUUGCCAAGUUUUGCUAUUGUAGACCCUUCAAGAAGCAAUUUCCUGAUUGGUUUAUAUUAAUUUGUUUUUAACCAUAUCUGUAAACAAGUUCCUUUUUUUUUUUCUUUCUUUUUUAACAAUGUAUUUUCAUUCAAUUUGCAUGCAGUGAAAUGUACACAUGUUGGCAUAUGUUAUGUUCACACAUUUUGACAAGCCUUCAUUUAUUGGAAUACAUGCAGGUGCUGACUUUUAUAUGUUUUGUGAACAUACUCUAAUAUGAUGAUCACAUCUGUUACACGGACUGAUGAAUUAAUAUCUUGACCAGAGCAGUAUUGAAAUGCUCACUUGGCUAGAUGUGUUUAUAUGUGCUGACAUGUUUAUAGAUCUUUUCAUGUGUUCUAUCUUGUUUAAUUGACAUCCACAGGUAUUGAUGUGUACGUUUGUUCUGACAUGCUCUCGUGAAUUGAAAUGUACAUAUAUGACAAUUUAUUUACAGGUCUUAAUGUUUACAUUUGUGCUGAUACCUUCAUAUGUUCCCCUGUGAUCAUAAAAAGUUCUCAGCCCAAACUUGGCAUUUGAUUGAUUCUUUUAUGUACAACGAUAUUCUAACUAUUUAGAUGUUUGUUCAAUUCUUCCCAGAUGAACUUAAGUUAUCACACCUUGUACGUAGGGAGUGUAGGUCAACAGGGAAAUCUUAUGCAAAGAACACAAUUGGUAAAAUGUUGGGUCGAGUGCCUGCUCUGUGUCUGGCCGCAUGGAUAUUGCUGCCAGUCCUGUUUUGUGGACAAACAAAUUUAUUUUUAAGGAAAACAGCAUUUGCAAAACACAGAAUUAUUCCAUUACUGUAAGAUAUAUGUGAAAAAUUGACUUUUCUUUUGGAUUACAGUAUACCAGUGCUAUAUUUUUUACUAAACUGUAUAACCAGAAUAGCACUGCUGGAGGUCUACAUCCUUGACCUCUUUCUUGAUUUUAAGGACACUAGAACUAGUUAGAAAUGACAACUUCUCAUGUGGAUUAUAUCUUGUAUAUGAAACAUUGUAUAAACAAAAUAAAAUCAGGCCUACCUUUAGUU